AUGUUACCGUACAUUUUUCCUGUUGUAUGGAGGGAUGCAACCGGUCGAGAGCUGAGCGGAGUAAUCGAUAUCGAAAGCUCCGACUUUUGUGAAAUGGACAACGAGGAGAUAGUUGUGCGAGACUUGGUUGACAUUUUAAACAGGAAACUGGAGAGCUCCGAUAAGGAUAGGGAGGUGACACGUAUCAUGUUGCACGGUAUGCGGCUAGACAACGAUCUUGCAUUGAGUCGUGUUGUUCCGGAACUAGCAGGAAGUAGUCCUCGCUUUAUUGCGACGACACAAAAAACUCGCGUCCAACGGGUUACCAUGACACUGUUUGUCAAAACGUUGACCGGAAAGACGGUAUCGAUCAAGUGCUCCCCGGCGGACAGCGUGCACUACAUUCAGAUGCAAAUUGAGGACAAAGAAUACAUACCCUAUGAGCAGCAGCGCCUCGUAUUUACCGGCAGGCAACUAGAAAGCGGCUUUACGCUAUCGCAUUACGAUAUUGGCAAAGAAAGCACGCUCCACUUGGUAUUGAUGUUGCGUGGUGGAUGUAACCUUCGCACCUUCGCCGAUGUCACGGACGGCUCGCUUCUAACUGCGGUGGAAUUUUCAUUGAAAGCCCCAAAGUGGCGUGUCUGCAGUAGAGGUGUGAAUGUUGAAGGUCGUUGUAAGAAUCGAAGCUGUCGUGCGUUUGGAAGCAUGAUCGUUGAUCCUAAAGGGUUUGUGCUCUUCAAUCUUAUCCAAGAUGACGUCCGAUGCCCGAUGUGUCGUUGGAAAGUGGUUCCUGUCACAUGUGGGUUAUACGACUGUUGCUGGCGUUACGAAGGGAUCAAGGCAAGUGAUAACGUCUCGGUGUGCUCGAAGUGGAAAGACGCUCGAGGACACGUGUAUCACCGCUUCGACUGUGAUGAGAACGGAGGGACUGUCGAAUGGGAAAGCCUCCUGAUGGCAGUGAAGCCAGUAGAUGAAGCAGUAAAAUGCAAGCUGGUAUGUUCGUCGGAAUCAACCUCCAUCACUCCAGGAGACAAGUGCACAAUUUGCUGGUCUCCCUUCGGACCCCGCUCGAAAGAUUCGCAUACGACCUCGCAUUGCGGCCACACGUUUCACCGCGUUUGCUCACAGAAGUGGACUAGGUGGUGUGAGCGCAACGACACCCAGCCAAGCUGCCCUAUCUGUUGCGAAAUGCGUCGGGACCGACGUCGUAUACCUCUACGGUGGUGA